GUACUAUAAAGCAUUAUUUUUUAAUCCUUUUCCAGAGCUUCUGCAUCAGUUUGGCAUAGUAACGAGCCCGGAUCUUGUCACCAUAAGAAGGGACCUCCUCUCUAGUGGUUAGUACCUAAAGUUUAAGCAAGCUACAUGUAAUGUUACCAAUUAAGGGUUAACGUCCCGCUCUGACGUGUAUAUGCUUACAUUUCCUGAGACCAUCCAAACCAACUGCCAACAGUUUUAUUCUUGUUAUGGAUAAAUGCUGAUAUUAGAUUCCAGCCUGAGUUUUUUUUUUUAUUUUGUCAGCAGAGGUCGCGUGUCAGCAGAGGUCCUGAACGAGGAUGACUGCGAAUUCUUGAAGAACUCUGGACAGCUUUUCAUGUCAGACGAGGAAAGCGACACAGACGACAAGUCCGUCGUCUGGGUCAAGCCGCCUGAGUGGCGGGCACCCAGACUGACGCACUUGGUGCUACUGUGCCAGGCGGUCCUCGACCAGAACCGUAAGGACCGACGCCUCCCAUUCUCCAGCAAGGAGAGGAAGUCUAAAUCCGGAGACUUCACCGACAGGCAGCCUCCAGCAGGGCGGGCUGCCCAGGACUACACCUGGGAUCCGGCCAGGGAGGACCAGGGAAGGGAUGCUGACGAGGGUGCAGAGGACAAUGGCGACGACGAGAACAACGGCGUCGAGGGCAACGAGGACAUCGCCGAUGGCAACGGGGGCAACACUGACAGCAACAGGGGAAACGACGAGGACGACAAGGACGACGACAACGAGUGAAACGUCUUCAGUUGGAAAGGAACUCUUUGUACAGAAUAGGAUAUGUGUAGGAUAGGAUAAGUGUAGGAUAGGAUUUAUUAGUAAAGUAAUUAGUACUGUUUUUAUAGUUUAGUUUAGUGUAGUGACUUUUUAGUAAGCUUAGCAUGUAAAGUUAAUUUAUAAGUAAUAGAGAAAGAAGAUAGGGCUAGCGUGUUUAGAAUGUAAAGUUAAAGUCUAGGUGAG